CUGACUAGGGAUUUUGAUCGGGCUUUGUUAACACAGGCAAGCCUUGUGGCAGCGGGCUCGAAACUCUCUCUCGAACAGCUGAUGCUUCUGGAAUACCGGCGAAAUGUCAAAAUCAACGCUAAUUACUCUCAGAGUUCAAUCACCCGAAGGCACCAAACGGAUAGAAGUGAGACCGACUGAUACAGUCCGUGAUCUCUUUGAAAAGGUACAUGAUACGUUUAACUUGGACAGCUUUAGUUUUGGAUUAUAUAAACUAAAAAAUCACAAGGAUGAACUCGUAUCUUCUCGAAGCAAAACAGUCCUUGGAACAGGAUUGUCUCACGGCGAUAUGGUCUACCUUGUGCCCCUCAAUGGCACAGUAUUACGGCCACAGGAUGGACCAUCGACUAGUAGUGCCUCCAUAAAAAUUCCUGCCGCAGAACCAAUGCCGAGUACGAGCAGAUUAUCGCAGGGAUCUAUGGCCAUCAAUUCAUCUCGACCUCUUGCCAGUGUCACGGAAGAUGAAGUAGAUCAACAACUGUGGAAGCUUGAUGGCAAGAUACAGCAGAAGCGUGAUGAGAAAUUAUGCCGCCAUGGUGCAAACGGGUGCUGCGUGCACUGCUCACCAUUAGAACCAUUUGAUGAAGCAUACCUCAAGGAACAAAACAUCAAGCAUUUAUCAUUCCACUCGUACCUCAGAAAGCUCACAGCUGGGGUUGAUAGAGGGAAAUUUCUUCAACUGGAGGACAUAAGUUGUCGCAUAAAGACAGGCUGCAAAGAUCACCCACCAUGGCCUCGUGGGAUUUGCAGUAAAUGUCAGCCCAACGCUAUCACGUUGAAUCGGCAACAGUAUCGUCACGUUGAUAACGUUAUGUUUGAGAAUGCUAGUCUAGUGGAGCGCUUUUUGAACUACUGGCGUAGUACCGGACAUCAACGUGUUGGUUACCUCUAUGGUAGAUAUGAAAUACACUCAGACGUACCCCUAGGCAUUAGGGCUGUAGUUGCUGCAAUAUACGAACCUCCACAAGACAGCACGAGAGAUACUGUAUCUCUCCUACCAGAUCCAAGACAAGAAUUAGUCGACGAACUUGCUCGACUUCUUGGUUUGCAAAGAGUAGGGUGGAUAUUCACAGAUUUAAUUGCUGAAGAUGUCAAAAAAGGCACGGUGAAACACGUCAGAAAUAUAGACAGUCACUUUUUAUCAGCACAAGAGUGUAUUAUGGCAGGAUACUUUCAAAACCAGCAUCCGAAUCCAUGCCGUUUUUCACCGAGUGGUUAUUUUGGCUCAAAGUUCGUCACAGUCUGUGUCACAGGUGACGAUAAGAAUCAAGUGCACAUGGAAGGAUACGAAGUCUCUAAUCAGUGCAUGGCAUUGGUACGUGAUGGGUGUCUAGUCCCAACCAAGGAUGCGCAGGAGCUUGGCUACGUUAUUGAGUCCACUGAUAAGCAAUAUGUUCCUGAUGUUUACUAUAAGGAAAAAGAUAGUUACGGCAACGAAGUAUCCAGAUUAGCCAGACCUCUGCCAGUUGAGUACCUGCUGGUCGAUGUUCCAGCUUCGACACCGCUUACUCCACAGUUUACUUUUCACGUAAACGAGGACAACACGCCGUUUCCAGUUGAAAAUAGGCUAGUCGAUGGACAGCUACAAGAAUUCAGUUCUCUUUGUACGUACAUGCAGCAGUUUGCGUCGAACCAAUUCUUUGAGGCAAUAUCUGAUUUUCAUCUACUUCUCUUUAUUGCCACAAUGGACAUGCUGCCAAUGAAGGAUUACAUGGUACCACUGUUGACGGCGAUACGUUCAGGGAAUCGAGAACAAGCUUUGGAAUGGGCACAUUCUGAACACUGGGCAACUGUAGAGCAGCUGAUAUCAGCAACAGCUGCGACGACUCCACAUGCAUCGCAAGGAAUAACGUUUAGCAACAAUCCUGGAGCAUCCAUGUCUGCAGUAGGAGUAGGUACUAGUGCUGGUACCGGAGCAGCAGUUAAUCCAGUUCCUGAGCAACCUCUGUGGACAUGUCGUCAUUGCACAUUUAUUAAUCCUGCCGAUCUUGCGACAUGUGACAUGUGCAGCUUACCAAGGUUUUGAUGCACGCUGAUCCCUGAAUAAAUCUAACGAAUGCUGAUGUAAGAGAUGAUGGAGGUGAGAUCGAGUGAACGAAAUAGAAUUGCAAGAUUCAGUAUACCCAGUGAUGUUUGUGUAAGAUUAAUUAUAAGAAUUAACAUAACUUUCAAUAUAUAAAUUAUGAAUUAAGGAUUUAAAAAAUAAUAACAAGUGGUAACUGUGAUACAAAACCAGAUAAAUAACUCAAGGGAUAACAGCUUAGCAGUGUUCAAUAAAUUGGCUACUCAAGACGUUUC